CCACGCACCGCCAGUAGCGACGGAGGUGGCCUGCCUCGCGGACACGACCUGCGCAGCGCAGAGUGGCGCGAUGGGCGAGACGGGAGACCAGGGGACCCGGCCGGCCAAGGGCGGGCAGCCGGACAGCGACGCCGUGCAGGCGACCAUCGGCGACGUGGGUCGCUGGCAGGUGGUGGUGUUCCUGUGGAUCGCGCUGCUCAAAUUCCCCGUGGCCUGGCACCAGCUGGGGAUCGUGUUCCUGGCGCCGCCCGUCGAGGCCCGCUGCCAGCAGGACCUCAACUCGUCCGACCACUGCAUGGCGCGCGGUCCCAACGGCACGGAGGAGCGCUGCACCAGCUGGCGGUACGACCGCUCCGUCUUCACCGAGACCAUCGUCACCGAGUGGGACCUGGUGUGCAGUCGUCACCAGCUCUCCAACGUGGCCCAGAUGGUGUUCAUGUUCGGUGUCCUGGCGGGGAACUGCUUGUUCGGCAUCGCGGCGGACAGGUUCGGGCGCAAGAAGCCUCUGGUGGUCGCCAUGGCGCUGCAGUCGCUGACGGGCGCCGCCUCCGCCCUCGUGCCGUGGUUCGAGGCCUUCCUGGCGUUCCGCUUCCUCGCCGCCUUCGCCACCGGCGGCUCCAUGAUCACCUCGUUCGUCCUGUGUCUGGAGAUAAUCGGCGGCUCGUGGCGGGUGGUGUUCACCAUGAUAUCGCACAUCCCCUUCAGCCUGGGCCACAUGCUGCUUGCGCUGAUCGCCUACUACGCCAGGGACUGGCGGACCUUCCAGCUGGCCGUCUCCUUGCCGUCCCUCCUGCUGGUCUGCUACUGGUGGACCCUCCCAGAGUCUCCCCGCUGGCUCCUCACCGCUGGUAGAGAGACAGAGGCCAUCGAGAUCCUGGAGAAGGCAGCCAAGACGAACAAGAAGGACGUGAGCCAAGUUGUGCCAGCAGUCAAGACUUUCAUCGCUCAGAAGGAGAAGAAGCUCGAGUCCUCGGACGGCAAGAAGCCCAGCGUGCUCGACCUGUUCCGUACCCCGAACCUGCGCCGCACCACGCUCUGCCUCUACUUCAACUGGAUGGUGUGCGGCUUCUGCUUCUACGGCAUAGCGCAGUACAUGGGCCACAUCGGCGGGAACAUCUUCAUCAAUAUAUUCGUGUCAGGCGUGAUAGAGAUGCCUGGGAGCCUCGUGUGCAUAUUCUUCAUGGGCAAGUUUGGGCGCAGGAACACCAUAAUCUGCGCUCAGCUGCUGGCGGCCAUUUCCUGCCUGCUCAUCACUGUCGUCCCGCAAGGCCCGGACGCCCCGCAGUGGCCCCGCGUGCUGCUGGCCUCGGCGGGGCUGGUCGGCAUGUCCGUGGCCUUCCCCACCGCCUACCUGUUCAGCGGCGAGCUGCUGCCCACGGUGGUGCGCAACGCCGGCAUGGGCUCCACGUCCAUGUGCGCGCGCGUCGGCUCCAUGCUGGCGCCCUUCGUGUCCUCGCUGAACCACGUGAGCACCUACAUCCCUCCUCUGCUGUUCGGCUGCUUCCCGCUCGUGGCGGCCAUCUUGUGCCUGCUGCUGCCGGAGACGACGGGCAGGGACCUGCCGGACACUCUGGAGGAGGGAGAGAACUUCAGGAGAAAUGGGCCCGGCAGCGCGAGACGGGGCGUGGCGAACGAAGGCUUCGACACCGAAGACAGCCCCAUGUGACGGGGCCGCCGCUUCGAGCUUCGCCGACCCGACGCCGCGCGGCGCUGCGGGCGCUCCCGGGGGCCUCGUGGUGACGUCACCCGCCGACGCCCGCGCCGCGUCCCGGCGACAAGGGCAGAGCCCCUCCCCCCCCCCCCUACUCCCUCCGACGCCAUCGCGUGCAUGUCUUGUGAUAACCUUGGUGGCCCUGCGAUAUCUUGGAAGAUGUUACAAAACUUUUUUUUUACGUAGCCAUAAAGGAAGUAAGCUUUAAGCUAUUCAAAUGUACGUUCUUCGAAUGAUUCUUUCAAAGGGGAAGAAUAAUUGAUUUUUUUAUUUAUAUAUAUAUAUAUAUAUAUUUUUUUUUUUUUUUUUGGAAAUACGCAAAGUCAUAGAGAAACCUCAAUAACGGAAAAAUAAUAAAUACUCAAAAACAAACAAAAAAAGAGCCUAAAUCAGUCGAUGACAGAAUUCCGUGCAAGGAAUGUCAGAAAAAAAAUGUCACCGCACAAAUUAACACAGUGGGCUAACAACGACGAGGUAGUUGCUACAAUAACCGUGUAUAAAGACAAAACCGCCCUCGGACAACACAGAGACGCACAGGUGAACCCAGCGAUGUUUCUGAACAGAUAUUCUGGACACCGCGACGACGACAGCACAGACAAAUACAGCAAGCUACCUUUAAAAAAAAAAACACUUUUUUUCGUUAUUGUGGUUUAUCUUUGUACCCAGCAAUGGCUUAUGUUAAAAAAAAUCUUUUCAAGUAUAGUGAGAACUGCAACUAUGAGUACAAUAAUUUUUUUUAUGACUACGCAUGUAUAGUACGCUUAUACUAAACUAAUGUGGUUUUAUAAAGUUGUGUGUUUUUAAAAAUAGUAUUUAAAUUUAUGAAUGUUUAAGUUUCAAGAGAUAUUAUUAACUAUAAGAUGUAUGUAAAAUAUUUCCAGCCUAUAGAUGAACUUAAGUAAUGUAUUUUGGGUAUGCAAUAAAUGUUUACAUUUU